CAUGCAAAGGGUUCUGAGUAAUAUUUCAGCAAAGGGAGAAAUCAGAGGGAAAAACACCCAGAAGGGCUGUUAAUCUGUUUCAAGGUGAUGUGAGAGCUGCUGGAGUUCUUGGCAGAAAAAAAAGGUGAGAACCAACAUUCGAAGGAAGUUGGCAGCACUUUCGGAGUAAGGGACUGUGUCACGGUUCUCUACCACUGGCUCAUUGUGCAUGGUCUUCAGGAUGAGAUUAUCAAUCAGUCCCAUCUUUGUGCUUUCAGUCACAAGCUGGCUAACAGACUGGGUUGCUGUUCAAAGCAUGAAAGUGGAUCUCGGGCCAGUAUUCGAAGAGCAGCCAAAGAACACCCUGUACCCUGAAGGUUCAGCAGAAGGGAAGGUGACAUUGAACUGCCACGUCAGAGCUAACCCACACCCUAAAUACAGGUGGAAAGUAAAUGGCACUGAUAUUAACAUUGAAGGGGACAGUCGUUACAGUCUGAUUGGAGGAAAUCUGGUGAUCAGCAAUCCAACACGUUCCAAAGACCCUGGAUCCUAUCAAUGUCUGGCAACAAACUCAAUUGGAACCAUCAUAAGUAGAGAGGCUUUCCUUCGCUUUGGCUAUCUUUCACAGUUUUCAACGGAAGACAGGGAAGAGGUGAAAGUGAAUGAAGGGACGGGAUUGAUGCUUCUUUGCAACGCACCCCCACAUUAUCCAGCUCCCACAUAUCGCUGGUUUAUCAAUGAAAUCCCAAACUUUGUAAUGCCAGAUGAUCGUUACUUCAUCUCGCAGGUGACAGGGAAUCUCUAUAUCGCCAAAGUGAAGACUUCCGAUACUGGGAUCUACUCCUGCUAUCUUACUAGUCACAUUGACUACGCCACAACAAGUGUCUUCAGCAAGGCCAUUCCACUGAAUGUGCAGUUUGUGGGUGAAACUGGGAUGCAUUCUCCUCGCAUUCGGGUGAAAUUCCCUUCUGAAACCUAUGCGCUGGCUGGACAGUCACUGAACCUGGAGUGUUUUGCCUUUGGAAACCCUGUGCCCACCAUCAAAUGGAGGAAGCUCGACGGGUCCCUGCCUUCCAAGAUCUUGGAGUCCAUAAACAAGCCCACCCUACACAUUCCCGACGUACAGUUUGAAGAUGAAGGCGUGUACGAGUGUGAGGCAGAAAACUCAAGAGGAAAAGAUUCAACUCAGGGCCGGAUCAUCAUUCACGCACAACCGGAGUGGCUUCAGAUUAUCAGUGACACAGAAGCUGACGUCGGCUCCAAUCUGGAUUGGAAAUGUGCAGCAGCUGGGAAACCCCGCCCCACGUGUAGGUGGCUGAGAAAUGGCCAGCUGCUAACUUCGAAGAACCGCUUUGUAGUCAACAAUUGCGCGUUGAGAAUUUUGAAACUCAUUAAGGACGACUCUGGCAUGUACCAGUGUGUUGCCGAGAAUAAACACGGGACCAUUUAUGCCAACGCAGAGUUGAAGGUUCAAGAAUUGGCUCCAGAUUUUCAGUCCAAGCCAGUAAAGCGGCUAAUUCCAGCGGCGAGGGGAGGGGAGGUUCUGAUUGAGUGCAAACCCCGUGCAGCGCCCCAACCAAACAUCUUCUGGACUAAAGGGACCGAGAUUCUUUCCAACAACACAAGAACAACUGUAUUUGCAAAUGGCACCUUGAGGAUUCGGAACAUAAGCCGAAUGGAUGAAGGAAAAUACACCUGUUUUGCAGAGAAUUCCAAAGGGAAGGCAAACAGCACAGGCACUGUGUCAGUCAGAGACGCUACUAAAAUUACUCUCGCUCCAUCCAACGCUGAUAUCAACCUCGGCGAAGAUGUGGUGCUGCAGUGCCAUGCAAGCCACGAUCCCACCAUGGACCUCACAUUCACCUGGUCGGUUAAUGACUCUCCUGUGGACUUUGACCUCAUGGGGGAGCACUUCCAUCGCGUUUCAAUGCGGGAAACCAUUGGAGACCUCAAGAUAACCAAUGUACAGCUGAAACACUCUGGAAUAUACACCUGCACUGCCCAGACAGUGGUGGACAGUGCUUCGGCAUCAGCAAUGCUGGUUGUGAGAGGUCCACCCGGUCCUCCAGGAGGUGUUGUGGUGAAAGAAGUUAAUGAUAGUUCGGUGCUGCUGAGUUGGAGUAGAGGCUUUGAUAACCACAGCCCAAUUGGCAAGUACAUAAUACAAGCCAGAGCAUCACUAUCUGACGAAUGGAAGAAUGUCAGAACAGUUCCGCAACAUAUUGAGGGCAAUGCAGAGACAGCCUGGGUAACCAACCUCACGCCAUGGAUGGAUUAUGAAUUCCGAGUCAUCGCCAAGAACAUUCUAGGGACCGGUGACCCCAGCCUGCCCUCACAAACAAUACGCACCAGAGAAGCGGCUCCGACAGUUGCUCCAUCAAACAUUAGCGGAGGAGGUGGAGAUCAGCAUGAAGUCACAAUAUUGUGGACGCCCGUGCCUCGUGAAUACCAGAAUGGCGAUGGAUUUGGUUACAUCAUCACGUUCCGAAAAGAAGGGACCAGGGAAUGGAAGAACGCAAAGGUUCUGGGAGCUGAUUCUUCACGAUACGUUUACCGGAACGAUACAAUUGCAUCGUACAGCCGAUUCGAGGUGAAGGUGAAAGCCUUUAACAAUAAGGGUCAGGGGCCGUACAGUCAGCCUGCUAUUGUCUACUCUGCAGAAGAAGAACCGAGUGUUGCCCCCUCUGAGGUGUCAGCCAAAAGCCUCUCCUCUUCCGAAAUCGAGGUGAGCUGGCGUCCUGUCGAACAGGUCACCAUGAAUGGUAUUCUUCUGGGCUACGAGAUCAGGUAUUGGAGAGACAACGAUAAGAAGGCUUCGGCUGAUCGCGUUAGAAUGCCAGGGCUGGAGUUGUCAGCUCGUGUCCCAGGCCUGAAGCCCAGCACUCUAUACCAUGUGGAAGUCAGAGCCUACAAUAGCGCUGGGAGUGGUCCUUCCAGUCCCUCUACAACUGUCACCACAAAGAAAGCACCUCCAAACCGUCCACCAGGUAAAAUCUCCUGGAGGUCAGUGGGCUCCUGGGUCAAGAUCAAAUGGGAUCACGUCAAGGCCUUUGAAAAUGAAUCUGCUGUGGAUGGAUACAAGGUGCUGUACAAGGCUGAAGACCAAUCAGAAAUCAAAAUGAUAGAAACCAGUAAGAACUCGGUGCAAAUCCCAUUUACCAACGACAUGAGCUACCUGGUGAUGAUCCGCGCAUCUGGAGAAGGAGGAGAUGGUGCAGCUGCAAAGAUACGAAUAUCGAAGAGCUCAGGCACCAGCAUGAUGGUGGAAAAUUCAGGGGUAGAAGUCCUCCACAACUUCCUCUUCACUGCCAUACUAACACUUACUACCAUUGGCUGCCUGGAGCUCUGACUGCGACCACUCACCUGCAUCGUUGCUGCACGCCAUUUCCCAACGAAGGAUGAGCCAUCCAACACCAAACUGUUUAUAGUAUUAAAAUGUGACAUUUGUCUGACAAUUUUAGGUAGAAAAUUUCAUACAUUUGGUGACUGGGGAAAAGUCUUACUAGAGAAAUGUGGAAAAAAAAAAUUUUUUUGUAAAACAAAAAUGUGUGAAACGCAGCAAUGAAAUGUUUUCAUAAUCAAUUUGGUUUGAAGGUAGUAAUCUGGAAGUUAAAUUGGACAACAAUAGACUGGAGAUUGAGCUGUAUAGAACAAUCUUUCUUUAUACUAUGCACAGCACUGUACAUUUGUAUAUACAGUACAAUGCACAAUCCAAGCAAAAGUUCUUAGUUACAGGGUUUCCAAGGCCCAAGAAGAUUCCAUGAGACACUAGCUACUUCGCAGAAUGUAUUGCAUCCGUGAAGUUUCAAAUCUCAAUUCUUUUUUGGCCAUUAGAUCUUCAAGGUUUCUGGGCCUUUCCUCCCAUUUACUUAGCCAGUGAACCUACUUGAAUAAUAUUUUAUCCCACACCCCACCCCAUCCAAAAUGUUAAAUUACAAGGAGAGAUUACAAAAAUGAGGGUUGUAUCACUUGGAAUGUAAAAGAUUCAGGGGUGAUCUGAUCAAGGCUGUCAUAUUAUUAAGGGGAACCAGUAGGGUAGAUAGAGAGAAACUGUCUCCGUUAGUAGGGAACCUAGGCCUAGGGCUGGUGGGUUUAGCCUGUAAAUUAGAAGCAGAUUUUCAGGAAUGUAAUUAGAAAAUGCUUACACACACCUUGUGGUAAAGGCUUGGAACUAUCACAAACAGCAGGUAGAGCAACUGUUACUUUUACAGCUAAGAUUGACUAAGUUUUUACAUCCAAAGUUGUUAAAGAGUAAGGGGCAAAAGUGGGUAAAAGAAGUUAGGUCACAGAUCUGCCAUCAUCUUACUAUAGGCCCGGGGGGCUGAAUGGCCACCGCAGGUUCCUGUGUCCAAUGGUAUGAACCCCAACACAGUUUUCCAUUUGAACCAAUAGAGCUGGCAUCCUUUGUUGACAUAGUGAUUCAGCACAAUGGAAGACUGGUUUUGAUGAACUGUGUUCAUUGACAUUUGAGCAAAUGCUGGAUAUUUCUAUGGGGUAGUCAACAGUUCCCUGUUGAGGCCAGAGGUGAAGGGUCUCUGUGGAUCCCAAGUGGAUGUGGACAAACCUAAUGUUUGUUAGGCAGGGAAGUGUUAAGGGCUAUGGAAACACAACUGUAGAAAGAGUUGAAGUACAAGUUGGAAAGGAUCUAACUGAGUGAUGGAGGGACUGAAUGGCCUUAUCCAGACCUGAGUCCCUUUCUUCCUGUGUGCUGGAGUGGUACAGCCAGCCCUGGUUCUCAAGCUUUAGGAACACAAUGGAACAAUCACAGAGUUGGCAAUGUCAAUUCGUCUGACACCUUCAACUCUCCCAGACAGAAUCAGAGUCAUUCAUUCAUCAGAUUUAUUAACCACAGAUACUCUCUUGUCUUUGGACAAUUGCAAUGGGGGACAUAGUCUGAUUUUAACAGUGGUGUGGAGAAAGUGAGGAUGUAGUAGUUUCUAACUGAAUGCAGGCGGCCUAAAUGGGCGACAAAAUCAGCCAGUUUGGGUUUUAGGCUCUUGUGGUAAAAUGUUAAUGUCCCUACCUCUGAACCAGGAGGCCUUGGUUUAAGUCCCACCUGUUCCAGAGGUGUGUCGUAACAUCUCUGAACAGGCUAAUUAGAAAAUAUCACUCAGUUCAGGUUUGCUUACCCUCAACUACAAACUAAAGGAGCCAUACUUUUAGACUUGCAUCGUAAAGAGACCAUUUUUUACAUUUCUGAUUACAUGACACUAUUACCUUGACAGCAUCUGCCGUCCUUUAAAACACCUCAACAGCACCUUCCUUCAAAAUGGAAGGCAGUUUAGCAACGAGUCGGGUGUUGACCUUCGAGAUGUGAUGUUUGGCACGCAGCCAAUCAAAUGACGCUACCAAUACUGCAAUGAAACAGUGACUGGACUACGGCCAGCAUUGUAGUUUAUAGACUGCUGGUGUCUGUUUCCAUGUGCGGAAAUGGUUGUCAGCUGCCACUGGGGAAGGGAGGGCAAGAAUUAUAAAGAGCAAGAUUAGGUUAUUAUUGGGGUUAGGGUCAAAUAGGUUAAGGUGAGAUAUGAUGAUGUAGGAAGGAGAAGAGUGGGGACAUGGGACGGGAGUGCAGUGUAUUGUUGAGUUGGGAAGAGACUGGUGAUUGAUCUGAGUGAGUGGAAGAAUAUCAUAGUUAAGGUAGGUUUAGCCUGUAGCAGGAAGAGGGGAAUGAGAGUAGCACAUAGGGGAGAUUUGUAGCAUCUUGGUGGGUUUGAUUAUAGAUUUGUACAGGAUGAGGUCUUAAUUCAAAACUUUUCCUGGUGGAAAGGUGAUUAUAUGUUUAAUUUAUUUAAUUUAAUUGUAUGUUACAUUUGUUUUGGAGGUGCAGGAGCUAAGUGUUUGGGACAAAAGUUCAAUAUUUGAAGGACUUGUGAGUAUCAGAAUGUAGUGCUUUUCUUGGUCUGUCUCGGUAACUGGACUCUUAGUGCAAUAUGACCAGAGUUCCCCAGCAUCAGGAGUUCGGUGGGUGGUGGGAGUGAACAUUAACAAUUACUGAAUGGACAGUUUUACGUGGCUAAUUAUAAUGGAGGAAAGACUGAUGCUGUUGAGUGUGUGACAUUCACAAUGACACAGUGUCCCUCUUGUGAACAUAAACAAGAACUCUCCUUUACCAUUUUAAUUGACCAGGCUUUAAAUGAGCAGCUUUUGGAGGGGUUUGGAAUAUUCAGGUUGUUAAAGUGAGAGGCAUUUCCAGAUCACUGGGACUUCCUAGAGAGCCACAUCCGCAGUUCUUUUGGUUUUUAUUUAGAGAGCCACAUGUUGCUCCAAUCUGUCUACACAAAGUGGAUGAAGUCGUAGAGACAUUUGGAGAGUUGCAACGGUUACUUUUUUUCAAUUUCACUUAAUGAGAGCAACAGGGAAGUUAAUGAACAGAACUUUUGGGAACUAUUCUCCAAGCAUCAAACUCCAAGCUAAGCUUCUGUCAAGUGAAGCUACACAAUGGGAGCAGGGUCUCCUACACAUUGAUCCUUCUUGUUUCUUCGUAACCAUCAGGAAACUGGAGUGCUUCCUGCUCACAUUUCCUUUAGGGAAGGAUCCUUACUUACCCAGUCUGGCCUCCAUGUGUCUCCAGGCCCAAAUGUGGUUGACGCAUUGAAACGGCCUGAGCAAAUCACUCUAUUCAAGGGCAAUUAAGGGAUGGGCAACAAAGGCUGAUGUUGUCAAUGAUGCACACAUCCCACGACAAAACUUUUUUUAAAAAUCUCUCAAUGAUAAAGCGUGAGCAAGAGAGAGAGAGAGACUGACAAGUUUUCAAUACUAAAGCAAUCUGAUUAUAACAAUGUUAUGAUUAAAGGAAAGGGGUUGACUUUUGUGUUUGGGAGAGAGAGAACAGUACGCACUGAGCUACGGACUGAGAAAGGAAACUGAAAAUAUUGAGGCUGUUUUCAUUGUUGGAUCAGACAUGUUAAGCAACACUCAAAAUGCCUCUUUGAGUCAGAAAUUACAUGCUAUUAUUGGACCAGAAAUUUAAUUCCAGGUUCUAUGUUGAGUUAGCAGUUCUCGACUAUAGGGUCAGGAGAGGGUGCGACAUCAAAGUCUUAGGAUAGAGAUGGAAGAAUCAGAAUUCACCUUGUGGAUCAACAGGCAUUAAUUAUUGGCAAAUGAAGGAGCACAGGAUUGAACUUAACUCUAACAUGCUAUGCAUUUAUGCAUUACCACAAGAGGUCUAAACCAACUGAGGGACUUUGCAGUGGGGGAGGGUCUAGAACAUAGGGGAGAAACUUGGACAAAGAGUUUAAUCACUCCUCAUGUUCCGUAAGCAACCGCUCUCCACCCAUGUGCACCUAUGAUCAGGGCUAAACUUAAAAAAUGUGAUUGUGCUUUUGUUAGUGGUACUGUCAGUGAAAUUAAUGUGUUGGUGUUCAGGGCUAAUUCUGUCCUUAUAACUGCACUUCCCAAUCACAUUAACCAAAAAAGCUAAAUGUAAAUAUUCUGCCAGACACAGAAUGUAGAAUUUACUUCUAUUCCAAGGGUAGAAACUAUGACUGUUUUUUGUGAACGCCUAACACAGGGAGGGAAGAAUUUGAUUUGAAAUGGUUGUAGUCAUCUGUAACCCUUCUUAAAAAGUAAACUUCUGAAGAGCUCUGAAAAUCUUGUACCAUUGUCACUUUGAGUAAUGUCACUCUGUGACAGUCCACCCGAUUAAAAAGAAGUCAUUGAUGUCCUUCUUGUUAAUUGAACUUUAAUAUAAAAUCCAACAGAUAAAGAAUGUAAGAAUGUGCACAUCAGAGUGUUAGGUGACUGUGCCUAUUCAUUUCAUGAAAACUACACUUCAGGGGUGCCAUAUCCUACUCCAAAACACUAACACACAGAUUCCAUCCUCUCAGCAUGCACUCCUACUCAACAGGUCUCUCACUCCUGCCUUCUCUCCCAAGAAAACAAGUUAGCAUUUAAGUUCCGUGUUGGAAUUGUUACAGGAACAACGUCAGUGCCUUGGAAGCCUUUAGAGUAAGUGUUUCUGGCUCAUCAUUAGAGUGUUGAGACAUCAAAUUACUCUAUUAACAGUGUUGCUGUGAGAGGAGUGAGGACAGAAUUGUUAGAGAAGCUAUUCUUCAGAGAAUAAAUAAGUUGAGGUGCAAUCUGCCUAAGCCAAUCAUAGAAUCCUAUCGCAGAGCAAACUUGAUGGACUGAAUGGCCUAGUUCUGUUCCUAAGUCUUAGAUUGUUUUGAAGGGAAGUGAAGUUCACACAGAUAAAUGGAGUUGGGAUCCAGGUCAGCAAAUAUCUAAUUGGAAGGACUCAAGAAUGAUCUUUUUGUAACUUAUGUCCCUAUUCUGCAACUGAGGCAAACUGGAGACUAGAUCAGAUCUUGGGCUGGAGGCUGACUUGAUGGGAGUAUCCCAUGUGAUAAAAGCCAAUCACAGACUCUUGGGCUACCACCGUUCACACUCAUAAAGAAGAUAUGCAGUUAAUUACAGUUCCAAUACCUUUGGGUGUUAGGAACUGGAACUGAUGGAAAUGUGUAAAUAAGUUCACUAAUUACAAUGAAUAAGAUUUACUUUCUCUAAUUAAUGCCUCAUAUUAAAUGGAAAAACAGUUGUACCCACAUCUGUGAUGCUCACAGGGAGUUCAACACUUCCACAAGAAAACUGAAUGUUUCUGUUGCAGUUUGAAUGAAUCAUCUUCAUAUGCUCAGAAUAUCAGACACAUUAAUGUACUAUAUUGUAUUUGAUUUAUAAAUAAAAGCCUGGCCUCCACAACCUCUUCCUAAUAAAGUAUUACAAAGACUU